AUGUUAUCCACAAUGAGGGUCACAACAAGAUUGACUACGUUACUUGCGGCCUCGGGUGUCUCUGCCUCGUCUUCCACCCCCAAGCGAGAGCCCGUUCGCUGCGUGACAGAUGACAAGACGGGAGCUCUUAUUAUCACAGCUGAUUGUAUCGAUUCUGACUACGCCUUUCCUGUUUUCGAUAGCGACACGGACGAGACGAGCCCCACACCUCAUCGACGGAUUUCUGGGCAUUUCAUCGGCACCAACGUCGACUUCAACAUCUACCUCACUCCCAAGCCGCAAUGGAAUGGACGAUUCUUCCAACUUAUGCAUCCACUACAGACCUCUCUUGCCAACGAUGACACCAUUGUCUUUGGAGCCGAGAGUGGUGGCUACACGAUUCAGGCCUCCGGAACGAUCGGUUACCGCGCUGAUGCAGCUCUGGCAAAGCUUUCACGCCAUAUCGCACAAGAGUACUAUGACACCCCAUCUGACCAAAUCUACGGAUAUGCCUACGGCGGCAGUGGUGGUUCUCUCAAGGCCGUUGGUGCUGCUGAGAACACACUUGGCGUCUGGGAUGGAUGCGUCACCCUCAUCCAGGCAAUACCCAUGUCUAUACCCUAUAACUGGGGCAUCCGAGCUUUGGGCGGAUUGAUUCUUGCGGACCACUUCAAGGACCUCAUUGACACGGUCCAGCCUGGUGGUACCGGCAACCCUCAUGCAGCCCUUAACGAGCUUGAGCGCCAAGUCUUCACCGAGACACAGCGUCUCGGCGUCCCCACCAGAGGCUGGGAGGAUUGGGACUCCAUCGCCGGGAACCGUACCCAAUUGUGGCAGACCCUCAAAGAUAUGACCAUUCCCAUACUCCAACGCAUGGAUCCCACGUAUGCUGAUGACUUUUGGACCAAGGACGGUUACGCUGGAAGUGAUCAAUCUGCACUGGGAGAGCGGUUCCGUGCCGCUCUCGUCCAGUUCACCAGUUCUAUAGAGAAAGCGGCUGCAGGCGACGAUGGUUUGGUAACUGAGUUUACAUUGGAAAGUGUGCCCGAGGACGUGACUGAUGUUGUCGGCUUGGGCUUUUCUGUCACAGUCAACAACUCCAACCAAUACUUCUCUGGAACGCUUGAUUUUGAAACGAGAACAGUAUGCAUCUUAACGGGCGCUUCUACCAAGACCCUUGAUGCCCUCGUGCCUGGCACCAACAUUCAGGUUGAUAAUCGGUGGUACCUUGCCACCCAUACAUACCAUCGCCAUCAACUUCCCUCCUCCGGCAGCGGUUUCUACAGCCAUGACUAUCUUCGCAAUGACAAAGGCGAGCCACUCUACCCUCAGCGUGAUGUCCUGAUUGGACCGCUCAUCUCAAAAUCAGCCUCUGGAAAAGGUACACACACGGGUAACAUCACCAUGAAGAUGAUUGUUAUGGACAACCUUCUCGACUUUGACGCUUUCCCCUUGCAUGCAGAUUGGUACAAGAACCAGGUCCGCAAGGCCAAGGGUGACCUCAAGGAUCACUACCGUCUGUACUACGGUGACAAUACAAACCACGCCAUGUGGAAUAUUGAAGCUCCCUAUACGAGUCGAGUCGUGGAUUUUACCGGCCUCUAUCAGCAGCACCUGCGCGACAUGAUGGCGUGGGUUGAGCAUAACGUGGACCCGCCCAAGCCCACAGAAUACAUAGUUGAGAAGGGACAGGUUAAGAUCCCUUCGUCUGCGAUGGCACGUAAGGGCAUCCAACCCGUGGUUGAGCUUUUCGUCGACGAGUCCAAACUCACCAAGAUAGCCCCGGGAGAGACUAAAGGGUUCCGCGUCAAGGUGCAAGUCCCGGAUGGCAUUGGCCAGAUUGUUGCUCUCGAGUGGGACCCUCUUGGGGUCGGCGAGUAUACCAAACAAGAUAUUCAAGUAGGGCCUGAGAUUGAUUUUGAAAUCUCAUAUGCGUAUAACGAGCCUGGAAUCUACUUCGCCGGCGUGCGAGCUGCUUCUCAUCGGGAUGGGGAUACCGAGACUAAUAUUGCUCUGGCGUGGAAUUUGGACCGAGUAAGAGUAGUCGUAGAGUGCUGCCGAAUGUAA